GUAUCCGAUUAAAUGUAAGCAUGUCAUAGGUUGCAUUGUAGAUCUGUAAAUAGCCCAAUUAGGGCGAUUGUGACAUAAUUGCAAGAUGAAGUUGGUUUGCACAUCUUUGUUUAUCUUCAGAUUUUACUUGUGGAAAUGUGUUUAUAGGUGUAGCAAGUUCAACCAGAUAACAUAUCGACUGUCAUUAUUCUGUUUGUAAUUGAAGUUAGUUGAUGCUGAUCAUUACAAGCAUUUUUUUUUGCACGGUCCCUGCAGCUAAAAUGAUCCCCCUUUUUAUGAUGUUUGCUGGUGGACCUCUGGGCUCUGGAAGACAAUGGUUUUCGUGGAUUCAUGUGGAUGAUCUAGUUAAUCUGAUAUGUGAAGCUUUAUCCAACCCAUCUUACAAAGGGGUCAUCAAUGGCACAGCACCAAAUCCUGUCAGGCUGGGGGAGAUGUGUGAACAACUGGGAUCUGUUUUAGGCCGGCCUUCAUGGUUGCCAGUGCCAGAUAUUGCACUAAAGGCGGUUCUUGGAGAAGGUGCUUCAGUGGUUUUGGAAGGACAGAAGGUGCUUCCCGCUAGAGCAGAGGAACUAGGUUUUCCGUUCAAGUAUCGUUAUGUGAAAGACGCACUGAAAGCCAUAAUGACAUGACUACGCUGAAGCAUGAUAUGCUGCUGGACAACGCAUAAUCAACACCCUCAAUUUUUUUCAUUUGUUAGGCUGGGAACUGAGGUGAGUUCUCAGGUCUAGUUCUUAAGGUUGCGAGCUACUUCAACUGAGAAAAGCUUAAUACAUCACAGAGAGAAGUAUCUCCUUCACUUUUUCCUUUGAACUGUUGUCUCCUUGAUGAAGCUCUGCUGAAUUACUUUGCUAAAAAUUACGUGGACUUGUGUUAGUCA